ACACAAUGUUGUUAGGAUGAACAUAUUUCAAAGAUUUGCUGUAUCCAACUUAAUUGUUUAUGUUUCAAAAUUUUAAAGUCUGGCAUGCUAAAAUAACAUUGCAUUUUUAGUACUUUACAACACUAAUUCGACGUUUUUUGCCGCAAACAAAACAAAAACAAUCCAUGACAACAAUAAACAAAUGUUGUAGCUGUGAAAAAAUAACUUUAUUUUUAAUAAUUUUAAACAAAUUUAAUUAAAAAAUAAACUUAAAAUGGGUCACGAAGAAACAGCACAUAAACAGGAGGAUAAUGAGAAAACAGGCACAAAUAUCACAUCCUACAAAAUGCGUCCAUCAUUGGGUGAAACAUUUAAAGGAAGCCGAAUUAAGGAAAUUAUACGAAUGGGAUCAAGAUCUUGUGCAGAAACGAACUACUUUACAACACUAAUUCGACGUUUUUUGCCGCAAACAAAACAAAAACAAUCCAUGACAACAAUAAACAAAUGUUGUAGCUGUGAAAAAAUAACUUUAUUUUUAAUAAUUUUAAACAAAUUUAAUUAAAAAAUAAACUUAAAAUGGGUCACGAAGAAACAGCACAUAAACAGGAGGAUAAUGAGAAAACAGGCACAAAUAUCACAUCCUACAAAAUGCGUCCAUCAUUGGGUGAAACAUUUAAAGGAAGCCGAAUUAAGGAAAUUAUACGAGAAAUUAUGCAGGAAAAGUUACAGGGAAAAACAUACAACCCGGAUGAUGUGAAACAUUGGACAAGAGAUAUUGCCGAUAGCAUUAAUGCAGCAAUUAAAGAUCGUCUAAUUAUGCCUCGCUAUAAAUACGUUGUGCAGGUUAUGUUGGGUCAACAACUUGGUGCAGGAUGUCACUACUAUUGUAAAUGUUGUUGGGACGCUGAAUCAGAUUCUCAAACAUCUGAUGUUUUUACAAAUACUAGUCUCUUUUGUGUUACCACUGUUUUUGGUGUUUAUUUGUACUGAUUGAUUAAUUCACUUUAGUUAUGCUUGUAUGAAUGUAUUUUUAAAUAUAGAAUUAUUUUAUUAGUCGUAAUAUAUGUAUGUAAAUGUUUUCUUUAAAAAAUAACCAAUCAAAAAAGUAAACCAAAUAUAUUAUUUUAUAAAUCGGAA